AUGCAUAUGGCUAACUUAGCUAGGCUUAAUGGUGAGGUUCAUUUAUACGUUGUCCAUGUAGUUUCUGAUCCGGAAGUCAUACAUAUGCUUCAAUACAUUACUAAUGAUGAAGGAGAAGUUAAAGGUAAUGGUGAAGUAAAAAAAGAGGGUGAAGAAGAUGGUGAUGGUGUUGAAGUAGAUGGUGAAGUUGAUGGUGACUUACAAGAGGUGCAUAAGGGUGAAGAAGAUGGUGACGGUGUUGAAGUAGAUGGUGUAGUUGAUGGUGACUUAGAAGAUGUGCAUGAGGGUGAAGAAGAUGGUGAUGGUGUUGAAGUAGAUGGUGUAGUUGAUGGUGACUUAGAAGAGGUGCAUGAGGAUGAAGAAGAUGGUGAUUCUGUUCAAGUAGAUGGUGAAGGUGAUGGUGACUUACAAGAGGUGCAUGAGGGUGAAGAAGCUGGUGAUGGUGUUGAAGUAGAUGGUGUAGUUGAUGGUGACUUAGAAGAGGUGCAUGAGGGUGAAGAAGAUGGUGAUUCUGUUCAAGUAGAUGGUGAAGGUGAUGGUGACUUACAAGAGGUGCAUGAGGGUGAAGAAGCUGGUGAUGGUGUUGAAGUAGAGGUUGAAGGUCAUGGUCACGUACAAGAGUUGCAUCAGGUUGAAGAAGAGCAAGAGUUGAAUGUGUGUGAAGGAGUUGUGGAGGAUGAAGUUGAUCUUUGUAGUUGGAGUACAUCUACUGAAGAAGGUGAUGUACAUGGAAAUAAUGAGUGCUUAGCGGGGCUAGUAGAUGUGAGUGUUGAAUGUGAUAUAGAUGGUGAUGUAGAUGGUAAUGUGGAAGUAGAAGUAGAAGUAGAAAGUCUUUAUGACAGUGAUGAUGACAGUGAUGAUGUCAGUGUUGAAUGUCAUGAUCAUGAUGAUAGAGGAUUGUCAGAUGAGGAAUGGAAAUAUGAGGAAUUACUUAGUGCAACAGAUAGUGAUGAAGAUGUUAAUGACAGUGAAGGUUAUGGGAGGUUUGGUACUUUUUCUAUGCCAAAAAGUAUGGUAGAAUUUACUUGGGAAGUUGGGACCUUUUUUGCAGAAAAGCAAGAUAUUUUAGAUGCUGUAAAAGGGUAUGCCUUGGAAAAUGGGAGGAAUAUAAAAAUCAUGGCACCUGAGAACUAA